AUGCUAUUAAAAACAAAGCUAUUGCUAACUUAAUUGAUGUUAUAAAAUUUAAUAAGUUUGAUAUAAGCUGGCAAUUAAUAGACUAAAGAGAUGCUAGUCUUAACUCAGAAUGCUAUUGGAAUAUUAUUAAAUUUAAUCAUUUUCUGUCUCAUUUAUUAAAAAUAGAGGGAGGACAUUAUUAACAUAGUGAUUCAAUUUUAGAUAAUUAUUUAAUUGGAAAUUAUAUUUUACAAUGUUCAUAGCAUUAAUAAUUACUUCCUACUAAUCUAUAUACUUACAAUUGAAAACAUAUUAAAAAAUAGCAAUAAAUGUUAUUAAAUUUUGACUCAUUUGCUCUGCUUAUACAUAUCUAUAAGGAUGAUGAUAUAAUUUUACUAGCAAUAAACAAUGUUUGAAUUCAUAUUAUUUGUUUUCUGGUAACCACUCAACCAUGCUCUCUUGCAUUUAGAAAAAUAAUUUUUAGAAAAAACAACAACAAGUCCAAACAAUCCAACUCAAAAGUAAGCUAAUCCUCAUGCUCAUUUGAGUUAUGGGGAUUAAUUUUAAUAAGAUUUUUUAGAUGAGAAAUCCCCAAAUCCAGAAAAGAAUGUAAGUGUUACUUUAGAUGAAGAUCUACUUAAUUGUCUACCAUAUGGAUUGGCUUUGAUAGAUAAAAAUUAUCAUGUACUUAAUCACAAUAAAAAGCUAUUAAAUUAUUUAAUGGUUUAAACAACUGAAUAAAUUGUAAAUUCCUUAGAUUAAUUAUUAUAAAAGUAAAUCUAACCUUUAUUCAUAUAGUGCUGAGCUCAACUCUUUUAAAACACAUCUUCAUGCUAAAUAUAAACCAACAAUAGUUCCUCUACGAAAGCUCAAACAAAGUUCAGCAAACCAAUAUUAAGUUCGUUCUGGGAGAACCUUAAAUUAAACUAAUUGGCUAUCAGAUCGAUUAAAAGUAAAUUUAAAAAGUAAAGAAUCUUUUCAAUCAAUUAUUCAUGAUGAAGUAACAUAUUCAUAUGUAUAAUUUGUUAUGAACGAAUUCUAAUCCAAUAUCCAUAGAUAAAUGAGCAAUGGAUAAGAUAGUUAAUCUAUGACAUCUGAAACAACACAUAUGUUGUAAUUUCAUGUAGUUUAAGAUGUUAAAUCUAAAAAGAAACACUUUUAAAUUAAAGUUUAUGAAGUCAAAUUAUAAGUAAAAUCAAUUGAUCCAGUAUAUUUGUUUGUAAUAGAAAAUAUUACAAAUAAAGAAGAACUUAAAGAACUUACUUUUAGAUUUAAAUUUCAAUAGGCAUUGCUUAAUUCUUUUAGUCAUGAAUUAAGAACACCAUUAAAUUGUUCUUUGCCUUUAAUGGAAGUAUUAAGUAAAAAGAUUGAUUAAGAACUCUAUGAAACUUUACUUUUGCCUGCCAUUACUUCUAGUAAAAGAUUAUUAUUAUAAAUAAAUGACAUUUUAGAUUAUGCAUAAAUAGAAUGUUAGGAUUUCAAACUAAAUUUAGGUAAAUUUUGUGUUACUGAUAUUUUAAAUGAUUUAAAAUAAUUAUUUUAAUCAGAAUGUCAAUAAAAAUAAAUUGAAUUGAUUUUAAAUUUUAAUAGUUCAUUAUAACUUUUUAGUGAUAAAUUAAGAGUUACUUAAAUUUUAGUGAAUUUAUUGAAUAAUUCUAUUAAAUUUACAAAAUAAGGUGGUAGAAUAGUACUUUCUGUUAAAAAAAGAGAUAAUUAAUAUGUAUUUUCAGUUUGGGAUAAUGGAGAAGGGAUUAGCAGUGAUUAAAUGUUAAAUAUACAGAAUAAACUUUUUGAAUAAAAUGGAUCAAAUAAAUUAGGACUAGGACUUAGAGUUUCUUAGGGGAUAGUUAAAUAUUUAGGUGGAGAUGGAGAAUUGCAAAUUAAAAGUGAAAAAGGAUUCUAUACUGUUGUAAGUUUCUCUAUAGAUGAACAAAUAUAGAUAGGAAUUAAAGAAGUAGAAUCUUCUAUAAAAGAUGUUGAAGAGAUUGCUUCUAAUUCUAAAGAUUUAGCUUAAAGAGUUUAUGUUUCAUCAAAGAAGUUCUUAAAUUAAUAAUGCAAAUGUCCUUAAAUAUUAAUAGUUGAUGAUGUACCAUUUAAUCAUAUAGCAUUGCUUGCACUAUUAUAAGCAUUUGGAUGGAAAGCAGAUAGUGCUUAUGAUGGUGAUUGUGCAAUUCGUAAAGUAAAAUAAAAAUUGCAUAAUACUUGUUGUAAGAUCUUUAGAUUGAUAUUUAUGGAUAUUGAAAUGCCUGGAAAGAAUGGAUUUGUGGUUAGUAGUGAAGUAUAGAUGCAUAAAUUAAUUAGAGAUCUAGGAAAUUCUUCGAAAAGAAGGAUAAAAGACUGUUAUAGUAAUGUGUUCAGCUUAUAAUGGAUAAGAAAAUGCCGAAAAAGCCCAUGAGAGUGGUAUGCAUGAAAUAGUAUCUAAACCAAUUUCAUUAGAUUCCUUGCAAAAACUUUUAGGAAAAUAUUUUUGUUGAUAUAUUUUAUCUUGUAAUAUUAUUUUAAUAAUAAUAAUUAUUAAUCUAUAAAUUAAAUUAAAAAAUAGGUUAAAUAAAAUGUACAACAUUAAUUAAUAAUUUAGAUAAAAAUAAAAAUAUAUUAGUCAUCAUAUAAUUAUAAUUAAAUUCCAUAAAAAUUAUAAUUAUUUUUUUUAAUGUUCAUUUCAUUGGAACAACCUCUACUUUCAAAAAAAUAAGUAGAAAGUAAUAGAAUAAGUAAGAAUGUGCAAAUGCAAAUUUUUAACUAUGUUCAAUAGGAUGAAAAUGUAUCAUAGCUUGAAGAUGUUCCAAUAGCGACCAAGAAAUUUUUACGAUAUACGAAUGGAAUUGAAGCAUAUUUAAAUGCAUUUCCUUCUUUCAAUCCUGAUCAUUGGGCAAUUUUUUCUUGGCGUUUAUUUAUCUGCUUCAUAGUUAUUAUAUAUUUCUAUUUAAUACCUGUACUUAUGUUUUUUGGAUAUGAAGUAAAUUGAAAUUUAAUAAAUUAGAUUAUCUCUGAGAAUUUGCGUAUUGAGAAUAUUGCUGUAUUUUUAUAUAUAAUGUUAUCUUUUUUGAUAAUUGAUAUCUUCAUCACUCUUAAUACAGGAUAUUAUGAUAAAGGAUAAAUAGUAUUGGAUAAGCAUAGUAUUUUUGUUAGGUAUGUUACUUAAGAAUUCUUAUUUGAUAUUAUAGCAAUAUUAGCAUUAAUUUUAUAAGUAUCUUUUAGAGAUCACUAUGCAUUUUUAAUUUGGAUUCCAUAUCUCUUUUAUUUCAAAUACUAUUAUGUUACUCUUGUAGAUUCUUAAGUGGAAUAAUUAUUAUAAGUGCAAAGGAAACUGAGAGCAUUUUAUUAAAUAUUAAAAUUAGUUUUGACAAUCUUUUUUUUGGUAAAUUUAUUUGCUUGUUUGUUUUAUGCAGCAGGAGAUUAUUGGAUUAAUUAAAGAUAAGAUUAUGGAUCAUGGCUUAUUUCAUCUGGAUUAUAAAAUGAUAUAUAUUUAUUACCAGCAACAAUAAAAUAUGAAUAUUCAUUUUAUUGGGCUUUAACAACAAUGUUAACAGUUGGUUAUGGUGAUGUAACAGGUAAAAACCCAUUAGAAAUAUUUGUUUCUAUUAUAACAAUGAUUUUUGCUUGUGUUAUAUUUGCUAUGAUAGUUAGUGCAUUUUAAAAUGUUUUUUCAGAAAUUACUCAACAUAAUAUGGAAUUUGAUAAAAAAAUGACUGAUAUAAAUAGAUUCAUGAAAGAUAAAAAUGUAAUAAAAUUAUUAUAUUAUUAAUAGAUUGAUUUGGAAACCNUACAACAUUAAUUAAUAAUUUAGAUAAAAAUAAAAAUAUAUUAGUCAUCAUAUAAUUAUAAUUAAAUUCCAUAAAAAUUAUAAUUAUUUUUUUUAAUGUUCAUUUCAUUGGAACAACCUCUACUUUCAAAAAAAUAAGUAGAAAGUAAUAGAAUAAGUAAGAAUGUGCAAAUGCAAAUUUUUAACUAUGUUCAAUAGGAUGAAAAUGUAUCAUAGCUUGAAGAUGUUCCAAUAGCGACCAAGAAAUUUUUACGAUAUACGAAUGGAAUUGAAGCAUAUUUAAAUGCAUUUCCUUCUUUCAAUCCUGAUCAUUGGGCAAUUUUUUCUUGGCGUUUAUUUAUCUGCUUCAUAGUUAUUAUAUAUUUCUAUUUAAUACCUGUACUUAUGUUUUUUGGAUAUGAAGUAAAUUGAAAUUUAAUAAAUUAGAUUAUCUCUGAGAAUUUGCGUAUUGAGAAUAUUGCUGUAUUUUUAUAUAUAAUGUUAUCUUUUUUGAUAAUUGAUAUCUUCAUCACUCUUAAUACAGGAUAUUAUGAUAAAGGAUAAAUAGUAUUGGAUAAGCAUAGUAUUUUUGUUAGGUAUGUUACUUAAGAAUUCUUAUUUGAUAUUAUAGCAAUAUUAGCAUUAAUUUUAUAAGUAUCUUUUAGAGAUCACUAUGCAUUUUUAAUUUGGAUUCCAUAUCUCUUUUAUUUCAAAUACUAUUAUGUUACUCUUGUAGAUUCUUAAGUGGAAUAAUUAUUAUAAGUGCAAAGGAAACUGAGAGCAUUUUAUUAAAUAUUAAAAUUAGUUUUGACAAUCUUUUUUUUGGUAAAUUUAUUUGCUUGUUUGUUUUAUGCAGCAGGAGAUUAUUGGAUUAAUUAAAGAUAAGAUUAUGGAUCAUGGCUUAUUUCAUCUGGAUUAUAAAAUGAUAUAUAUUUAUUACCAGCAACAAUAAAAUAUGAAUAUUCAUUUUAUUGGGCUUUAACAACAAUGUUAACAGUUGGUUAUGGUGAUGUAACAGGUAAAAACCCAUUAGAAAUAUUUGUUUCUAUUAUAACAAUGAUUUUUGCUUGUGUUAUAUUUGCUAUGAUAGUUAGUGCAUUUUAAAAUGUUUUUUCAGAAAUUACUCAACAUAAUAUGGAAUUUGAUAAAAAAAUGACUGAUAUAAAUAGAUUCAUGAAAGAUAAAAAUGUAAUAAAAUUAUUAUAUUAUUAAUAGAUUGAUUUGGAAACCUAACAAAAAGUAAGAAGAUUCUUUAGCUUUAUGUUUAGUGAAAAAGUGAGAGAUUUUAAUGAAUAGAUAUAAAUAAUUAAUUAAUUGGGACCUUAAUUAAAGGAUGAAGUAAUAAUGUAAUCAUAUGGUUUGAUAUUCAAAAGAACUUUCUGGACUAGUUAAUUUUCAUUAGAGUAUUGAAAUUAAUAAUAAUUUAUAAGUUUUCAAAAAAAAAUAGCCUAUUUAAUUAGUGAAUAGAUGUAUUGUGAUGGAGAAAUGGUUUUUAAAUAAAAUCUAUUUAGUUUGAAUGGAAAUAAUGAUGAUGAUUGUCUUUAUUGUGUUAGUAUAGGACAUAUAUAAUUGUAUCUAUAAUUUGAAGAUUAAGAUAUGAAUUUUUAUGAAGCAGAGUAAGAUUCAAUGUUUGGAGAAUUAGGAUUCUUAACAGGAAAUCCAAGAAGUUUGUCAGCAAAGAGUACAACUAUAUCUUAAUUGUAUAAACUUAAAAGAUUAGAAUUUAUAUAAUUAUUAUAAUAGUUCCCAUUAGAUUUUCAAUACUUUUGUUAACUUAGAGAUUAAAUCUUAUUUGGAUAAUACAAUUUGAUCAAUCUAAGUUGUUUUUGUUGUUAAUCAAGUAGUCAUUUAGCUAAUGAUUGUCCAAAAUCACAUUACUAUCCUAAUAAAAUAUUCUUAAUUAAUAGAAUUAUGAAUAAUUAAUAAGAAAGAUAACAAUUCAAAAGAAAUAAUGUAAGAAGAGAUAAUUUAAAUUUAAUAAAAAUUUAGAAAGCUUAGUAAUAAGUUAAAUAAGAAUUGUCACUUUUAUAUGAAUAAGAAGAUAUAGAUUAACUUAGCAAAUCUUUAAGUGUAGAUUUUAUGCAUGAUACAUAAAGUUAAAUUAGUGAAUAAGAUAUAAAUCCUGAAUUUGAUCUUGUUAAUGAAAUUGUUAAUAGAUUAGAAUAAAAGAAGAAAUAAGCACUCAUUGAAAUAGAUAUAAAAUGCUCCUAUAAGAAUUAUUAUCCUAAAUAUAAUGCAGAAUAUAUUAUUUAGAAUUUUAAGAAAGAGAGAAGAUUCACUAGAGCAUUUACUAGAUUUAUUUGA